AUGGCCGCUGCGGACAGUGAUUGUCGGACGUUGACGCACUUCGCGAUGGAAUGCGUGAAGGAUCACGUCAAUUCAUGCACUGAUGUUGAAGUCCUUCGUUCCAACAUCACAAAUGACGAUGACGCUUCUCGAUGGGUCGAAGAGUACGGCUUGAAGACAAACACGUCGUGGGUUGUAGACUUCGCCCAGCCAACAGCAAAGUGUCAAAGGAUGGUAUUCCACAAAAUAUGGCGCUGUAAAGAAUGCAAGCGCAACAAGUCAUCCGGCAUGCCUGCAGUGCACUGCCCUGCCAAGAUUGACCUCAAAAUAAAAAAGGUCGACAGGAACACAAAAAGGAAUGAUGCCUUUCUGCGUGGAGAGACGCCACUGCCAGCUGUCAUAAAACUGUUUCACCACAGCAGCCACAGUCACAGCACAGCAGCUGCGGAGGCCCUUCGUCGUCUCGCACCAUCGUCCCAAACUAAACAAGCCUUUUUGGAAUAUUUCAACAACGGCAUGUCCCCAGCCGAAGCUAUCAGGCUUCAUGAAAGCAAGCUGGUGGUUCAAGAGAAUGGGUAUGCCCUCGUUGCCAACUCGGCAGUUAACCCAGUGCCUUCCGCCAUAUAUUACUGGCACAAGCUCUGGCGUGAAGAAAACUUCGGAAGAGACAUUGACCCACUCUUGAAAAUAGCAGAGAAGAUGCCGCUGUAUGCCAAAGAAGGCCUCGAUGUCAAGCUGGGUCGGUCAGAGGAAGGCCUGUUCUGGGUGGUCUUGGUUGUGACCCCAAUAAUGAAACGCACACAGGAACUGAGUGCAGCAAGCGAAAUUAUUUUUAUAGAUUCAACAUCAUCCUGUGAUGCCUCGCACAGCACUCUCACAGUACUGCUGACUGCCACAAAUGCUGGUGCGGUACCUGUUGCUGUGCUCAUCCACAACUCCCAGUCAGCAGAAUGCUACCGCACUGCAUUCACACUGCUGAAGGAAAACUACCCAACCUGCUUUGGAGGGCUCAGUUUUGGUGUGGACUGA